AAAGAAACAGGUUGGUGGUUGCCCAUUGUCAUCUCAUGUUCCUACAAGCAAAUCCAAAGCCCACAAAUUUACUGAACUGGGUGUAUGUCUUGCAGCUCUUAUUAGCAGGUUUAAUCCUUCCGUGCAGUAUUACUCUUCCCCUCGAAACAGCAGCGCAGUGCCAAGAAGUGGAACCCUAGAUCUCUUAGAUCAAGCUAAAGAAAUUGUGAAGAACAUGAAAGGGAACCAGCAGACAGAUUACCAACAUGACUGGAAGCUCAUCACAAUUUUUCAUCCAUGUCCUUUCCAAGCGGCCAUCUCUCAGACAACUUCCCACCUUGACAGCAUAAAACAACUUGAAGAAGUCUUGGAUUUUUUAUAUGAAGAAAUGCCCAAAGUUUUUGUAAACCUGGUGGAUUCUCCAUUACUCACAGUCUCACCUCUUCCACACAGUGAUCAAAAUUAUGUCAGGGAUAUUCUCCUCAAGCAAUGCCUUUGUCCCAACGAUUGUUCCAGUCUGGAGGUUGUUGUGCGGAGCUGGUCCUAUCAGGAAGUUACGGCGGCAGGGAAUUGA